GUAUGCGAAUUAAGUGUUUCUCCAGAUUGCACGACUUUUUUAGGAGCGAAACUUUUAUCGUAUUUCUAACCAGAUAUCGGAAGGACAAUUUUAGGGUUCAAGAUAAUCUAGAACGGUGAAGUUGAAAAUUUUUUAGUGGAUACAUCGGUUGAUCAACAUGACCAAAUACGACUUAAAAGAUGGCGAUUGCAAUCCUGAAAUUAUGAAGAACAAUAGGAAUGGAUUAAGUGGACUUGAUAAUCCGGCCCUGGUUUUAGACCGAGAAAUCCAUGAACCAAGGACUAGAAAAUUAUCGAGCCAAUCGACAGCAUCUCGUUUUUCCAAAACACGAUUUUCGGAUAACGGGGAUGACAAUCCUAGGUCUUGGUGGUAUGCAUUUUGCCUAAAAUGUCGAUCGAAAGAGUCAACAUCUUCAUGGGAACCACCAUACUGGUCCUACUUAUGCCCGUAUCCCUUCUGUCCGACCUUUCGGCGAUUUUCGAGAGUUGUCACCCUGAUAAUCCUCGGAAUCGUGAGCUGGUACGUCUUUUACACCAUCGUGGGGGACCCUGUGGCACCCCAGGGACCCAUAUUUCAGCUGAUCAUUCUCGUGAUCAUAUCCAAAUUGGGAGGAUGGGUGAUAAGCCUUGCUAAUCUACCUGGAUUAAUUGGUAUGCUGUUCACGGGACUACUGCUGCAAAAUGUCGGUGUGGUGAACUUGGAUUCGUCGCUAUCCACGUUAACCAAAAAUUUGAGGAGUACAGCCCUGGUGAUAAUUCUUAUAAGAGCAGGGUUGGACUUGGAUCCGACAGCAAUUCGCAGACUGAAGUUUAGUAUUUUAUUGGUGGGUUUGCUGCCCUGGCUGGUCGAAGCAGGUGUCAUAUGCGCAGCUACUCAUUUAUUCCUUCAUCUUCCGUGGGAUUAUGGGUUUGCUUUGGGGUCCGUUGUGGCGGCAGUAUCACCUGCUGUGACUGUACCUUGUUUGUUAAGACUGAGAUCAAAAGGCUAUGGUGUUUCCAAAGGAAUACCUACCCUGAUCAUCGCGAUCGCGGGCAUAGAUGACGCGGCGUCUGUGGCUGUAUUUCGAAUAAUGCAAAGUGUUAUGUUUUCGGCGAGUUCCCUAACUAACAUUAUCGUACAGGGUCCUGUGUCGGUAAUUGGCGGGAUUGGAUUCGGCAUCUUUUGGGGAAUACUCGCUUAUUUCUUCCCCGAAAAAGGCGAUCCUUACGUGGUUCCUAUGAGGGUAUUUUUGCUGUUUGCGGGGUGCAUGUUGUCCGUUUUCGGCAGCACAGCGGUAGGUUACGGUGGGGCAGGGCCAUUGGCGUGCGUCGUCGCUGCAUUCACAUCAAUCAUAGGAUGGAUGAAACAGGGUUGGAACAAUGAGGAGAAUCCUGUGGCCGUCAGUUUUGAAAUUAUUUGGAUGUUUUUCGAACCUAUCCUUUUUGGCAUUACGGGUGCUCAAAUUAGACUGAACGAGUUAGAUGGUCAGAUUGUACUUAUAGGGGUGGGAAUCUUAAUAGCCUCCAGUAUUAUUAGAAUUUUGAGUACAGUAUUAUUCGGAAUUAAGAGCGGACUAAACUUAAAGGAGAAGCUGUUUUCCGCCAUAGCGCUGAUGUCCAAGGCAACCGUCCAAGCGGCGUUAGCUCCAGCGUUACUCAGUCUGGUACCGGAAAAAUCCGAAGAACACAGUUACGCAGAAAAGUUCUUGAUGAUUAGCAUUUUGGCAAUUAUACUAACUGCCCCAACGUCUGCCAUAUUAAUGACAUUUUUGGGACCAAAAAUGUUGACGAGAACGAAACCGAUAAAUGCAGAAGAACUGCGUAGAUCAUCCAGACGCUCUCUCAGGGACAUAACUAUUGAAGAGGAUGAACAAAACCAAGACUCAAUAGUCACUAUUGAUGCCAAUACCAAAGUGUGAUUAUUUUAAUAGAAUUUUUUUUAUGCGUCGAUGUGAAUAUGAUACAUUUCGAUGAAUAAUGAAAAGCUCUUAUUAGAAAGAGUCAAUAUACUAUCAUUAGAUAAGCAAAUCCCACAUCAAUAUAAUCCUAAUUCCGGCGAAAUUAUAAAAAAGAAAAUUGAAUCGUUAGAUUUACAGUGCAAAACACUUCUGAAGAUACAAAGUUUGUGAUAUUGUUCCUAUUUGCGAUACAACUUAUUUAUACGACAACGGAUCCAGUAACACCGUAUUAACGACUGUAUUGCGAACAGUUUAAGGGUGAGAUGCUACAGGCUAUUAGAAAAAAUAUUCUAAUAUUAUUGUAUAAGUAAGCCAGAAUAUAAUAUAGAUAUUCUUUGGCGUAUAAAAUUAAGAUAUAAUAUUUAGUUUAUUUUAAGCAAUACGACUACGAAUUUCUGCAGAGAAUUUUAAACCAAUGAAUUGGAAACAAUGUUUAAAUCGAUGUUUGCGUCUUAACUAUUUUUCGUGAAUACUAUUUAGUGAAGUAAAAAUGUACCUUCGUGGUAUCAGUGUUUGCAAAUGGUUCGUAUAAAAGUUUCCUCGGCUCCACAUCAAAGAGCAAACCCCCAUCAACUUCAUUAAUAUUAUAGAAAAAAAAGUUUAUAUAAUUUUUCUCUGAAAUUUUGGCAGUCUCGAGAUAUUAUUAUGAAAGGGCUUUGACACGUUUUACAGUUGUUUGGAAUAGGAAACUUAAGCGGCAUACAAGCUUGAGUACACAAACGUGAAAGUAAGCGUCAUGCCAACAGAUAUUUUAAUGAUUUUGGGAGUCUAUGGAGAACGUAGAUAAUACCGACAACGGAAUAGAGUAUUUAUUGCAUAUAUAAGGUGAUCCGCCACAGUAUAUAUAUUGACAAUUAAAAAAAAAGAAAGCAAAUUAUUUCUGAUUUAUACUUUAAAUUUACUUAAGAGCUUGCUUAAAUUAAGAAAUAAAAAAAAAAACAAAAUAACGGUAUAGAGAAAAGCUAGUGUUUCUUUUUAUAACGACUAAUAAUAUUGUUUCAAAAAAUUAUAUGUUUUUAUUCGAAAUUUUUGAGACUUGCCUGUGUUUGGUUUGUUUGUUGUGGUUGUGGUCCUAUAAAUCAAGUGAAUUUUAAAAAAAUCUAUAAGCGUUUCA